AUGUCGGGUCUAUCCGUCCCAUCCAAUGUGCCGGGUCUAUCAAUCCCAUUCAAUGUGUCGGGUUUAACAAACCCGGCAACUGUGUGGCUCAACGCUGCCUCCCCCACCGCCCAGCCCACCGGAGCCGUAGCAUUAAGAACCACGCCGGGAUGGCUAGAAAGAUUCAAUGCCUGGUCGAGUCUCUUUAAUUUCGUCAAGGGUCUUGGUGUCAUCUUCGGCUGGUGGCCUGAUGGUCAGCAAGAGAAACCGAAAACCCGGCCGCACUACACGCCGGGCGAAACGCCGGACGACGUGCCGAUUUACACGAAGGUUAACUUCUGGAUCGGUAAUGAUGGACCGCACCCGUUCGACCCCACUAAGCCGCCCAUGAUCAACGCUGGUGGCGACGCGCCAGAUGUCCAUUUGUUUGGCGACGGAGGAAAUCACAUCGGCUCCAGAUACCGACCGGGGUUCUGCCCAUCCGGCAGCAUCCACUGCUACGCAGGGGUUGAUACUGAGGGUUAUGCUUCAUACGUCCUUCUCAGCGGCAACAUGAAUCCAACUUGUAUUGCGCUCAUGACUGUGGAGAUACCAGGUGUUGAGAGGAAGUUUGGGUUCGCCCUGGGAAACUGGGCAGCACCUUGCGAGAAGAUCUCCGGCAGGAAGAAUCCAUGGUACUACGCCAACCAAGACUUACCCCUGAAGAGUGCUGUCAAUGACGUGAGCAAAUGCGUCUGGAUCGGCAGAGGCAAGGAUAAUCAAAAGCCAAAAUAUCUCAGCGGAAUGCAGCUUCGUAUGAGAGAGUUCCGCUCCAACGAAGCCCCUAUACGGAAAAUGGAUUACUACUGUCGUAACUACCCGGUCCUCAACUUUCGCACUGAGACGUAUCCUCACGUACUCCAGAAGUGGGCAAUAGACCCUUUGUUGGCUGGAACGAAAGCACCGACUGGCCCCUUUCUCGAUCCACAGUGGGCAACUGAGACCGAAGACAUGGAAGAGAGCGAAACCCUCGUCACGGAACCUCUCCCAACAGUCACUGCUAUGGGGACUUUUGGCGACGCCGCCGUCAAGGAGAGAAACAGGAACCGCUACGCCCGUCUCGCCCGGAGAUGGAUCAGCUCCCCAGACCUCGUGGAGCAGAUCGCGAUGGACCCCUCGGUCUACAAGAGCCACAAGCCCGGGCACCUGGCCAGCGAGCUCUGCGACCGGAACGCCGGCGCCGUGGGGCAUUCCUUCGUCUCGUACGCGGAGAAGAUGUUCUGCUACAUGCCCACCAAGACGCUGUACAAGUUCUGCGAGGAUAUCGACGAGGGGGCCUGCUGGUCCGAGGACGACAACAAGGUGAUCUUCAAGGCUUCGGGCGCAGGAAUGAUGACGCUCUCGGCCGCGGAUAUUCCUGAUCUGCGCCACGCCCACAGCUCUAUGAACAUUGUCUGGAAAUAA